AUGCAAGACAAGCCGAUCUUUGUUGUGUUUGGGGCAACGGGUGCUCAGGGAGGCUCGGUAGUCAGCGCGUUCUUGGACUGUGACCGGCUUUGCUCUCAGUACCGCAUCCGGGCCGUGUGUAGGGAUACGAGUAAGCCUGCAGCUGAACUGCUCAAAGUGAAAGGGGUGGAAGUAGUAUCGGCAAACCUAUCAUUCGAACCCGAAAUAAGAGUUGCCCUGUCGGGAGCGCAGGUAAUCUUCCUGGUCACUGAUUACAAUGGAAAUGCGUGUGAUCCCCGCCUCGAGUUUCAGCAAGGGAAGGUGGUUGCCGACGUUGCAAAGGAUAUUGGAGUUCACCAUCUAAUUUUCAGUUCCUUGUUUUCAGUUUCAGAGUACACUUCUGACAGCAUCCGAGGCGCCAACGAGUUUGACUCGAAAGCCAAGAUAGAGGAGCACAUUCGCAACCUCGAUAUCCCCGCUACAUUCGUCUUCGCAGGGUUCUAUAUGAGUCUCUUUGAGCCAGGCCAAUACCUCACCCGCUCCCGCGAGGUGGAAGGGAACUUGAAGCUGGAGCUGCCAGUUUCCGCGGAGAAUUCUCAAUUUCCUCUUAUUGACACACCAAGAGAUUUUGGCAAAUUUGUCAUCUCUGCGAUGCUCAAAAGAGACUCUUUACUAGGGGCAAAUGUCUACGCUGCCGAGGACUAUUACACCCUCAAUCAGAUAGCGGAUAUUGUGAAUGGCUUAGAGCCCUCGGCUGGACAGAGGUGCUACGUGAAAGAGCUCUCUGAUGAAGAAUUUCUUGGCUCGAAGCCGCAUUCGGGAACUGACGCUCAGGAAAGAGAGAUGGAACGAUUAAGUAUGUAUCAGUUCCUGCGACAAUUUGGGUACUAUGGGGGCGCGUCUUUGGACUCGAGCCAUAAGAUCCUCGAUCAACCUCUCAGGACGUUUGAAGAGUUUGUCAGAUCAACCCCGGGUUUCGACAGUGAUUUGCGGGUCGAGAUUGCAUAG